AUGAUGGGGAUAACCAAGCUUAUAUCCUUUAUCCUCCAAAUUCUCUUCUGGGCCCUCCCCAGCGCCUCCAAGGCCCUCCCAGAACCAGUAGCCCAAGAUUAUGGUGUGUCCACCACCACGACAACCACGGAACCUACACCCUCCCCAACUCCCUACUUCAAGCUACGCGUUUGGAACCACUGGAGGGCACAACCCCAUUUCGAGGGCAACAUUGAACUAAAUUUUGGAGGCGUCUACUACAAUCUUACUCGAAACCCUGAGGGAUUUGAUGUGUAUUUCGAUCAAAAUGCCCCCGGAAUGAUUAGACAGAAGGAAUCUGCUGCAUAUGCUGCUUUGAUUCCUGGUGCAACAGAUGGAUUGUAUACUUUCCAUUUUGUCACCCGUGUCAGGUCACCGAAUGUGCUGUGGAAAUACUUCAGUUUCAGAUGGCUAGUCUGUGGACAUUGCUCAGGGCAGUAUUUAGUAUAUGAUCUUCCGGGUGCUGGUCCCACUGCUUCGAGUAAUUUCCUUAUGGCUCCUGAUACGUCAAAGCCGGGAGCUUGGAGGAUUUAUUGGAAUAAUAACAAUGUCAACAGUCAGCUACCACCUGGUAGUGUUUACAUUCAGUUAUUGAAAUAA